CUCGUACAGGGAUGUCGCCGUCCCUAGUACGAUCAGUUCAUUCAUACGAUGCAGAGCACAACGUUGGGCUCUUCCUCCAAGCUUACCGUAGCGCAAGUGAGCGAAUCCUUGCAGCGGUUUGGCAUUGCGGACUAUAUCGUUUUCGUGGCCAGCCUGUUAGUAUGUGUAGUGAUCGGUGUGUACUUUGGGUGGAAAGACUGGACUGUUCAGCGGAAACGGAAACAGAACAUAAGACGUGGAUCGGAAGCACUCAACUAUCUGGUGGGAGGUAGAAAGAUGAAGAUAUUCCCAGUUGCAAUGUCCCUGAUUGCUAGCUUCAUUUCCGGAAUUGCGGUCAUGGGAGCGUCCACCGAGACGUAUCUGCACGGCACUCAGUUUUGCUACAUCUUUACCGCCAUCAUUUUGAUGGCGGUUAGCAUGAACUUUAUAUUUUUGCCUGUGUACCAGGGAUUGGAAAUAACGUCUGCGUACGCGUAUCUGCAGCUGAGGUUUGAUAGAAGAAUAAGGUUGCUCGGGUCUGGACUGUUCACACUGGCAACGCUGCUUCAUCUUCCGAUAGUUAUUUAUGUUCCCGCUUUGGCAUUCAAUCAAGUGUCGGGUGUAAAUGUACAUAUCGUAUCCACCAGUGUUUGCAUGGUGUGCAUAUUCUACACCUUGGUGGGUGGCAUUAAAGCGGUUGUCUGGACGGAUGUGAUACAAAUGUUCAUCAUGAUUGGUGCCCUGAUCUUGAUCGUUGUCAAAGGAACUGCCGACAUUGGUGGUCUAGGAGUACUGAUCGAAAGGAACAUGGCAAGUGGACGGUUUGAAGCACCUAAUUUCAGCUUAGAUCCUACAGAAAGACACACAAUUUGGGCCAUCUUUAUCGGUGGCGGAAGCUUCUGGAUGGGCAAAAAUGCAAUCCAUCAGAUGAUGAUCCAGCGCUAUCUGGCAUUGCCUACGUUUCGCGAUGCGCAGAAAGCCCUGAUAUGCUUUACGGUUGGCAUAAUUCUACUUCUGAUGACCUGUUUCUACAAUGGAUUGCUCAUAUAUGCCACAUUCUAUGACUGUGAUCCACUGACCACGGGAUUGGCAAAGGCAAAGGAUCAGCUGCUACCGGUGCUGCUGAUGAAGGUGCUUGGAAACUAUCCCGGACUGGCGGGUUUGUUCAUAUCCGGCAUAUUUAGUGCAUCGCUUAGCUCACUUUCUACCGGGCUAAAUUCGCUGUCGGCUAUCAUGCUGGAAGACUUCGUGAAGCCUUUUGUCAGGAAGCCGUUGAGUGAGCGAAGCACUAGGUACAUUAUGCGCGGUACCGUGCUGGCAUUCGGCAUCGUUGCUGUCGUUUUGGUGCUGGUAGUAGAGAAGCUUGGUACCGUGUUGCAACUUUCGAUGAGCUUGGUGCCGAUUUCGUUGGGCCCGUUGUUGGGAUUGUUUCUGCUGGGUAUGUUGCUACCGUGGGUUGAUGCGACUAGCGCCCUCGGUGGAGCUAUAUGUGGAUUGUUCACCAUGUCGUACAUCGUUAUACGUGCACAAAUAGCGGUAGCUGCCAAAGAGAUGCUGAUACCCGGAAAGCCCGUAUCGGUGGAAGGAUGUGAGUAUGAGUUUGUGAUGCCACGAGGAUACAACACAACGGCACCACUUCCUUCCGAACCAAUCGAGAAGUCUAUCCAUCACGUGUCCUACUUGUUCUACACAUUCAUCGGCGCCGUGACGACCGUACUCGUAGGUUCCAUUACUGCCGCCAUUUUGCGACGUCAGCAACCUGGCAAAUUAGAUCCGCUACUGCUUGCUCCGUUUGUUAGAAAAAUUUACUUCCCGGAAUCUAUACCACGCACUGUUGUUACAAUGCACACCUUCAAUAAAGAGGAUACCGAACUAUACAAGUAUGCUGUUUCACCAGAGUACCAUGCGUCAUGUCAUCCCACGAUCGGAUAA